GCUGUGGAGUUUAUUGUAACGAUCGAGGGUCUAUGUUACUGUAUGACGAGACCGGCGUCUUGAGAAGAUCCGCCGGGGCUGGAGCAUUGAGCCCGCAUGCUGACAUCUCGAUUUCCUCACCGCGAGGAUUUCGCAACAGCAUCGCUUGUGCUCUUGUCUACUAUUUAGAAACCAUGAUGGAAGCAAUACAUGCGAUUAUCCUGCUCGAAACUUCGUUAUGUGUUAUCGCAAGUCAUCGAUGCAAUCAACCACGCAAUCUCCAUCCGUGUUCAUCUCUCCUCCAUCAACCUCCAACCUCGCCACAAUUCUUCCUCCCAUCGAGAAGAAGGCGAGGAACCAAAAUUAAAACAAGAUCAGCCCACACACUUCCCACAGCCUUCCCCACAUACUCAAAACACGCACACAUCACCUUCCCAAACAACCUUCCCUCCUUGCAUGCAUACAUACACACAUAUACGCUGUCGUGCAACACAGCCACCCCUUGUCGCAGCAUAUAUGCGGCCUAUACGAGACCACCAUCUCAUGUUCUCCAGUACCUGUACCCCACCCCUCGCACUAUCAAUCACACGCACCUAGUAAAAUCAAAGCAAUGCUAUCAUAAACUCGCUCAACCUCAAACCAACUCAUCUCGCUCCAUAUCUCUAUCAUUGCAGAUAAAAAGGGAAUCGAUCAGAUAGGGGUCUAGAUCAUCGCGGAUACGAGAGGGGGCCAAGAAAAACGGAUGAUUCCGGGGGCGGAGAAGGACGGAUGGGGGAAACGGGUACGAGGAUCGAUCGUCUGUGGGGAGGAAGAGGGAAGCGUUGCGCUCAGUAUAGUGUCUCUUUGCUAACUGGUGCAAGAGUGUCAUGAUGUGUCGUGACAGAAAGAUCCAAGAAAAGCGAGUCUUCCUUGCUCCGCACGAAAAGAAAACAAUCAACGGGAAACUCCGAACCCCCAAGGAAGAAGACCCGAGUGCAACGCUUUGCGUUGUUAUGUAGGCGCGAUUUCGCUUUGCUUGUGAUAUGAUGUGAUAUGAUAUGAUGAGAAUAGAUGGAUGGGUGGAAGGAUGUGCGAAGCGGACAUGGCGAGACAUAAGGAUAAUGAUACGUCACCCUAUUUCUCUGAUUUGAGGUAUGAUCUAUCUGUGUGCAUGGUGAAUAGAAUGGGUGGUUCGA